AUGGGGUUGCUCAACGUUGUGACAACGAUGUCAGAAUAUGCAUCGGGAGUAAACAUCCAAUUCCGCUGCCGUCUGGGCUUCGUGAAAUACUUGUUAAAGGCCUUCUUUUCUCAUCUCUUGCUGCUCUGCAAACUGUCACAUUCGCAAAAGCAAACUCCCGACAGCCUUUUUGAGGAAGAAGAAGGAGGAGGAGAGACUCACCCGUCUCCUGCAAUGGUUUCAUUGGUUCCAGUUCCAGUUUCAGUCGAGUCGAUAACUGCCGCUGCAAGUAUCAAACGGCAACUGUCAGUGGAUGAAUACAAUCGUGUUGCGGUAAGGAUGAAGAAUGAGAAUGAUGAUAACCACGAUGAUGAGGAUCCACGUUGCGCAGUUUGUUUAGACAACUUCGAGGGGAGUCAGGAGGUGAGGCAACUCCUCAAUUGCCGACACGUCUACCACAGACACUGCCUUGAUGCUUGGGUUGAGAAGGGCCACCUGACGUGUCCCCUUUGCAGAGCCAAGUUGUUGGCGGCGGAGGAUCGCAUGGAGGAGGAGGUGGUACCCCGGGAUCCAUGGAGGUCGGAGAGGAUGAUGUACUUGUUUGGCGAGGACGUUUUAUUUUGA